AUGGACAGAUAUGACAAUCCGGCUCCCGCUUCGUUCUCGAAGCGGCUUAUAUUAUCAUAUGCCUUUGACUGGUUGGUUUUGGUCGUCGUCAUCAUCGCGGCGGUACUUCUCGGGCGCUUGUCUCCCACAAAGAGACCAUUCUCACUUGAGGACCAAAGUCUAACGUUUCCUCGAUCAGACGAGACUGUUCCGAUCUGGCUGGCCAUGGUCCUCUGCGUACUUGUUCCUCUCGUCGUCAUUUUCCUCUUCGUCCUCCUGCUCGUCCCUGGCGCAAACAGCUUCUCGAAGCCAACGAGCCGAUCGUCCAUAAUCAGACGAAAGCUAUGGGAGAUUCAUGUCGGGUGGCUUGGCCUCGGAUUAUCUGUCAUAAUUGCAUUCUUCAUCACCGAAACCGCCAAGGGCCUGCUCGGAAAACCCCGACCCUACAUGCUGUCAGUCUGCGACCCUGAUCUAGCAAACGCGGCGGAUCAUCUUGUCGGAAGCGGAAAGCUAUAUGCGGCAAGCAUCUGCCGACAAACCGACACCAAGCUACUGAAUGAGGCCUUUCGCAGUUUCCCAAGUGGCCAUUCGUCGUGUAGCGCCGCUGGGCUUACCUACCUGUCGCUGUUUCUGGCCAGCAAACUGAGGAUCACGACUCCCUUUUUCCCACGGUCCGGAUCGCCGUACUCUGCCGGGUUGCUCGACUCUUGGGUAGCCAAAAAGGACCAUGACGGGUCAGAGUACGACUCACACACGCGGACAAUCACCUCUCGACCUCGACUUUCUCGUACACAGGCCGCAGCCCCUCCGAUUUACCUCCUAGCCCUGUGCCUCGUACCCAUAUUCCUCGCCAUAUUUAUUGCCGCUUCUCGGUGGUUCAACUUCAUGCAUCACGGCUUCGAUGUCAUUGUGAGUUUCCUUGUUGGAUUGCUCACCGCCUUCUUGGGUUUUAGUUAUUACCACACUCCCAUCAGUGUGGGCAGUGGCUGGGCUUGGGGCCCUCGUGAGAAGCAUCACGCUUUCUGGGCAGGUGUCGGAGGUGAUUUGCCUGUAGAAGAGCAGGCGAGGAGGAUUGGGGACAGCCGGGGAGAGGACGUGGAGCUUGGGGCAUAUGCUGGGAACCACAGAGCGAACUACUAG